AUGCGCCGGCCGUCCGUCUCGCUGGUCGCCUCCUGCGCUGAGCCGCUCUCCAGCUGCCGCAAGUACGUGGCCGUCCGGCUGCUGACCCAGCAGCGACUCUACUUCACUAUCGACCCGAAGUGCAAGCUGUGUGAGCUGUAUUCAUCCGUAGCCGAGCAGAUGUGUCUCCAGGGCAUGCAGGACCCGGACCUGUUCGGACUCGCCGUGAUCUUAGACGGCGAGUAUGUGUUUGUGGACCCAGAGAACAAGAUUGGGAAGUACGCACCGAAAGCGUGGAAGACGUCACAAUCUGAUGGUCUAGACGCCUCAAACCAGCCCCUACUUCAGUUCAGCCUACGGGUCAAGUUCUACGUGGAGUGUCACCUCCUUCUCAGGGAUCAGGUCACCCGGCACCACUACUACCUGCAGCUGCGGGAGAACGUGCUGGCGCACGGGCAGGCGUGCAGCCGGGAGUUGUGCCUGCUGCUGGCCGGCUGGGCGUUGCAGGCUGACCUCGGCGACCGACCACUUCACGCCGGCACCCAAUACUUCCGGCCGGCCGACUACUUCCCCGACUGGCUGAUUGGUCAGGCGGGCGCCGAGUCCAUCCUGAACAGCACGCCAGCCGUACACCGGCACAACAGGGGCAUGUCCAGCGCGCAGGCCGAGCUGGCUUAUAUCAGGGAGGCGUCGGCGGUCGAGGCGCCCUUCAACCUGCACCUGUACCGGCUCAGGCGCCGGAAGUCGGACACUUCCGGCUCCGUUCUGCUCGGCAUCUGCCCCAACGGCGUGGAGCUGUAUCAGGAGGAGAAGAACAGUGUUAGAAAGCUGAUUGCGUCUUUUAUCUGGACAAACAUCGGCAGGCUCGGCUUUGAGAAAAAGAAGUUUGAAAUCAGUGCCUUGACUCAGAAGUUCACUUUCUACACCACGGACGACGAGAAAUCCAAGCAGCUGUUCCACCUCUGCAAGGAGACCCACCUGUUCACGCAGUCAGCUCAUGACCGGCUCGCCCUCAUCCAGCAGCGUUCAGAAGAAGGUGGUCGGUCUACCGACUCUUGCCUUGCCGAACCAGGCGGUCGAUCUACCGGCUCCUGCCUCGCCGAACCAGGCGGUCGAUCUACGAACUCUUCCCUCGCCGGACCAGGCGGUCGAUCUACCGACUCUUGCCUCGCCGGACUAGGCGGUCGAUCUACCGACUUUUCCUCGCCGGACCAGGCGGCCGAUCUACCGAUUCACCCCUCGCUGAACAAGGCGGUCUAUCUACCGACUCUUCCCUCGCCGAACCAGACGGUCUAUCUACCGACUCUUCCCUCACCGGACCAGGUGGUCGAUCUACCGACUCACCCCUCGCUGAACAAGGCGGUCGAUCUACUGACUAACCCCUUGCUGAACGAGGCGGUUUCACAGCCUCCACCAGAGUUUUUUUCUAGAAUAAAGCGGCGGACGCCGGCGAGCUCGCUCCGGCGCCCCCGUGACCUGCGCCCGGGCUGGGAGUACCUGCAGACGUCGGCCGGCGACGCCGAGCAGCGGGUCUCGGUCGUCUCCAGCACCUCGUCCAACGCCACGUCCGGCGUCGUCUCGGACCGGACCGUGCCGAGCCUGGACGACAGCGACGAUGACCUGCAGGCGGAGCUGCUGGCCGGCUGCGGGGCGGCCGAGUCUGCCGAGAGCGGGGUGGACUCGAUGACUCGCUCCCGCUCGCAGCUGGACGCCGCCUCCCCGCGAUCGUCACAGAGAUCCUCCGCCGGUGGAGAGGUGACCUCGCCAGCCCGGCGGCGUCCCGCCGACCUGUGCAGCGGCACCCUGGCUGCCGCCGGUCAGGUGGACAUCGACUACAGCGUGCACUCGGCGCACACGUCGGUCGGCUCUGUCGUCACGACGCCCGGCUCGUUCCCGCGCAAGACCACCGUCUCCAGCACGUUCGAAACGGACAGCGACUACGUCCAGGUGCCUUACGACAGGCACGGCCAGCCCCGGAUGGCUGAGCCGGCGGGCGGCGUGCCCAUGGCCACGGUGACGACGGUGACGCCCGUGUGUGUGGCGCAGUCAUGCCAGACGGCGGCGGCGGACGAGCGACCGCCGCCGGCGGAGGCUGCCGUGCGCGUUGUCACCGUGCCGGCGGCCGGGGCGCCGGUCUCGGGUGAGGCGUCGGCGCGCUUCAUCACCGCCCGGCCGCCAGUGACCGUGCUGCGUGCAUGCGUGGCGAAGGCGUCGCUCCUCGAGCCCCAGCCGCCGCCGGCCGCCCUGUCGCGCCCAGCUGCUCCAGAGCGCAGCGUUGCAUUCAGCGGCAACAGCUGCCUGGACGUGCGCGCGUCCCACCCGGCCCCGGGUCCCGGGCCGGGGCCCCGCGCGUCGCGACUAGCUCUCAGCACGGCGCAGAAGCCCGCGGCGAUGCGGCCAGCGCCCGGUCCGGUGUCGGGUGGCGCGUUGGCACGUGUGGGGCCGCACCCUACGCUGGGCCACGCGGUGACUCAACCCUCGCUGAGUCCCUGUAUGCACGCGGUGCCGACUCCCAGCUGGCAGCAGUCGGCACCAACCACCAGCUGGCAGCAGCCGGCGAUCAGCGCGGAGCUGGCCGCAGCUGGCAGGCUGACCCAGUUGGCGGCGGGUCCGCUCCUGCCGUGUGGCCGAGCCCCGGCGCAGCGCGCCAGCCUGGCCACCGUGUAUAUCGGCCAGCUGGCCCGCUCGCAGAUCGAGCAGUUCCAGCGCCAGCUGCUCUCCAACUCAGAUUACGUCAUGUACCCGCUGAAGGACCCGGGCAUCAGCCGGCAGGAGUACAUGGACGCCAGGCGGUGCGGUGUGGCGGACCUCUCGGACGGCCGGCCGCCGCCGCCGCUGUGCCGCGCCCCCAAGGACAGCGCGCAGUACCGCAGCUCUCUUAGCGCAGGCCCGCGCGGCGCCAGCGCGCAGCAGCUGCUGCCAGACGCAGCCCCGAGCCGGUCGCUGGUGUCCGUCAGCCAACCAAGCCAGUCGCAGCGACAGCGGCGCCAAACGCUGAACAAGCACCAGCUGCUGGGUCAUCCGCGAUAA